AUGAAUUCACCGGCAUUAUUUAUUUUAUUGUCCACUUUCCUGUAUUAUCCUGUAUUCUCCGAGGACUAUUAUGAGUUAUUAGGCAUUUCCAGGGACGCUAGCAGUAAGGACAUUCGAAAAGCAUUCAAAAAAAUAGCGCUAAAGCUUCACCCGGAUAAAAACAAGGUAUGUUAUCGGAGCUUGUACGCGUGAGUUUGAUCACAGCUUUUGUGAUACUUCAAUAUUUUCCUGUUUGGUUUUUUCAGCUGGUGUUAUUUUGAAAUAUAUUCUUUGCUUUUAACAGGAUGAUCCUCAAGCUCAUGAAAAGUUUACAGCGAUAAAUAAAGCUUACGAGGUUUUAAAAGGUAGGAACAGAGGAAGACAGUAGCCAUUAAUUUUAUGACUGUUUACAUUACAUUUUUUACGUGUACUAUUGUUGUUCUAUAAUUAUAACUGAACUUAAAACCAUUAAGCUUAUAAUCAAAAGUCAGCUGUGUUUUUAAUGACUAUAAUUCUAGGUUAGCAACCUAAAAUCUGUUAAAUAUUCAAUUUUAGUGGAAUACUAAUUCGCUAACGUUGUCAUAUCGUAAUACAACAUGCAUAGAGUAGCUAUAGUCUGAAAUAAUUAAUAUUUCUUCCAAAUGCAAUGAUUAUACCUUUCUAAAAUUUUAUUGAACUUAUUCAGCAGCUGGGAAAACAUGACCUUACUACUUUUAAAGACAAUGUUUUCCCCUCAGGAAAUUAUUUGAAACAGUGCAGCUCUCACUAUAAACCAAAUUAACUAGACUACAUUUUUAUAGGGUACGCCAGAUGGGUAGUAUUAAUCCAGACUUAGUUAAUCGAUAAACUUGUAAUCUAUAAAAAUCAAUAGUAAUCGAUAUCAAUCAUCGAUGAUUAUCGUUUUGCAAUAUCAAUCGACAGAAAUCAAUGAAGAAAAAAAGUUGUGACUUCAAUUAACAUUGAUGAUUUUGCGAUAGAAAUCGAUGAUGAACUUUUUAUCAAUUGUUAUCAAUUUGUUAAUCAAUAAUAAUCAAAAAAUUAUUUUUUCUGUGACUUCGAUUUCUAUCAAUUUCCGAUAUCAAUCAAUAUUAAUCGGCGGAUUAAAUUGAUUAAUACCAAUGAUAUCGAUUGAUUUCCGAUAUCAAUUUUUAUUGAUUAACUAUGUCUGGAAUUAAUCUACCAUUAUACUCGAAUAAAUUUGUCAAUAUACCCAAAAUUUCCCCCCAAUUCUUUUCUUAUAAGUAAGAUUCCCUUACAACACCAUACAAUAAUUGUUAGGCAUCCAGCAAUUUCACACUAUUUUGCACAGAUAGAUAAUAUGAAUAGAGUUGAAACGUGUGAUGCUUAAUCAAUGUUUUAGCCUGUAUGGAAAUCUGGAUUAAUUGAGGUUUCUGGGAAACUGCCUACCUACCCCUCCCCAAACCCAACAUUUUGCCCUAAGUGAGAAGUAAGUGUUAAUGUUGACUUAGGGGAUGGGUAGGUGGGCAGUUUUUCAGAAACCUUAAGUCUAAACCUAAAGGACAAGUAGUAUACCAUAUACCGUUUACCCAAAGUCAUUUUGUUUUCCCAAAAUCCAUGGCCAACCCUCAUUAAUUAUAGGGAAGUCAUUCCCUUCCCCUCAGCCCUUGGCUGGGCACUUUUUAUUUUUUUCUUCAGAAAACUGCAAAUACCCCACGGUUGAGCUAGUAGACCUGAAAGGAAAAAUGGGGAUCAGAAGGCAACUGACUGAAAAUGCACUAUGCGCAGUCUUUUUGCUGUUGGCCACUUAAGAAAUGAGAAGGGAGCUGAAGCCAAAAUGUGUCCUGUAAAUGUUUUUGGCAUCGAUACUGGCCUGGGGGAAGGGUACUUGGGUUAAUUUUAGCUGGGUAUGUGCCGCUGGCCUCUCAGAGCCCCUAACCCAUUAUAGUCUAUUCUGUGGCCUAAUAAUUAUUAUAGACCCCAUCUUAGUCUCUUUUGGGCAAAUAAGUAAUUUUUGUGAUCCCAACUUAGUCACUUUCUAUUUAUUUAUCUACCUUAUAUUGAAUGAAGAACACUUUCCUUUUCACCUACAGUACAAACAUUCUGGCAUGUUUUGUAAAUAUAAAGAACUGUCUUACCCCAAAAAUCAGAAAAUGUGCAACCCCAUUCUAGUAACUCUAUUGAAAUUGCUACCCCAUUAAAGUCAAUCCAGUCCUGAAAAUUCGACCCCAUCCAGCAGCACAUCCCCAUUAGCUUCUUACGAGGAAGUACCCCCCCCCCCCCCACCAUGGGGGACACUGGGGUCAUGCCAGUCAGCUAUAGGUCAGUUCUUUCCUCUGUCCCUAGUAACAGUUCGAGAAGUCUUUGCAAACGUUAUCUCACCCCAGUAUCAGAAGUUAUCAAACCCCAUUUUCUGUUAGCCAUCCUACUGAGUAUGCCUGCUCUGCACUUAAAAGAGUUGACUACCAAUAGUCAAGGCUUCAGACAUUUUUUUGUGUGACAUGAUAUUAAUUUUAUUACAUCAUUGUCCAUUGUGAGUAAAGUGGAAUACAGUGGCAUGUGUUCUACCUGUACAUAAACAUUUUUAUUUACCUUUUGUGACAUUAUUAAAUGUGUGUUACUGUUUUAAUUUAGAUGAAGAGCUUCGUAAAAAGUAUGAUGUGUAUGGUGAAGAGGGUUUAAAAGAUGACCACUUUGAUGGAGGACAUUACCAAAGCUGGAAUUAUUUUAAUGAGGAAUUUGGUAAGAUUGUAGCAUUUACAGAGGAGAUGAGUUGUUUUAACUUCAUUUUAUUAUUUCAACUCCGUUAUCUUGAUUUACAAUUUGCAAGUUACAGCCACUGUAGAGCUAUAAUGUUAUUUCGUUAAUAAACCACCAAAAAAGUCUUAGAAGAGUAAAAUAAUGUAGAUCUUCAGUGCCUGUUACAUAUUCACUAAGCCUCUUCUUCACUGAGCUUAAAAUUUACCACCUUUCUUUAUUUAUCACACACAUGACGAUUUCGACAUUGCUGAUCCCAGCAGUACAUAGGACGCAUGUUAUACAUGAACCUUGUAUAUGGUCCAACUCACCAAGAGUCCUUCGUAGCUCAGUGGUUAGAGCAUCUGACCAGUGUACAGAAGGUCAUUGGUUCUAUUCCUGUUGGGGACUCAAAUUUUUUCUUUAUCCUCUGCUCAUGACAUGUUGAUCACAUCACUUCUCAUUUUUUUCUCAUUCAUUUUUCUUUACAAGUAGUUUAUCAUAUUAAUUUCUACUUUAACAUUUUCAUAAUACACUUUUGCCCCCUAAAAUUUUGCAUUAUCAUUUUUCUCUUUUUCUCUUGGAAUUUAAAGUAGUAAGAAUUAGAUGCAGUACAACCAAUCAUCACCAGAUCACACAGGAAAUGAGACCUUUUAUUUAUUUUAUAAAAUUGCUUAAAACAUGUAGUACCAACUCUUUUUUAUUUAUUUAUUUUUAUUUUAUUUGCCACACAAUAAUGAAUUACAAAUAAUAUAGGAUAUGUAGAAAAAAGAAGUGGCAAGGAGACCUAACAGAAACUUAUGCGAGGUUAGGCAUUCUCAAACUAUGGGCUUGAGCUGUUUACAUCAACUAAAGAAAAGAUGGGGCGUAAAGUUGAAGAUGGAAAGAUUUAAGAUUGGUUUCCAUAUUUAGUUAAUAAAUCAAUUUUCAGUAUUUUUUUUUUAAAUGAGAAAAGCAAUUGACAGUUUUGUUGAUCUCAUUGUCAAGUGAAUUAAAAAACUUAGGUCCUUGAAAAAAAGGUGAGAAGUUUGUUAGUGUUUGUUCGACAAUACAGUAGACUAUUUUAUAUACAACUGGGUACAUGUAAGUCCUGUAAAAUCAAAUUAGUUGCUAACUACUGAUAUUUUUCUUAUCACAGGAAUUUAUGAUGAUGACCCAGAGAUUAUAACAUUAAGUUACUCAGAUUUUGGUGGGUGUGUUAAUAAUACAUUUAUACUGUAGAUUACCUCCCACAAAACUAGUUGAGAUAAACUGGAAAAAUCCUCCAUGGUUUUUCCUAUCUUCUGUGCAAAAAUAGAAAGUAUUUCUAAAUGAAUCUGUUCAUCGUCUCUCCCAAUCUUGUUUUGAAUGAUACGUCUUUGUGUUUAGUAAACCAAAACAACAUUGAAUGGUGGUGAGGACCAGGAUAAGUUUGUCCUGUUUUGGUGACAUUUUAGCAUCGUGCUCACCUAAAAUAGAGGUGGACCUGUCUGAAAAGUUUCAUCCGAGGUUUUUUCUAUUAGUUCCUGAAUUGGCUUAAAAUUUACGUACCUCUUUCUUGACUGUUUUACCUCAAAAACACAUGGGGAAACUUAAAAUGUUGCUAAUCCUUGCAACGAGCCGAAGUGAUGUUAAAUAUGAUUCUGGUAUAAUUUUUUGUCAUUGCUAGCCCGGGCUAGAUUUCCAACUGCUAUUUGGGAAAUGAGCCCAUGCUUCUCUUGUUUCUCCUUGUUCCUCGUCGCUAAGGACAUUUCGCCAGGAGAAACAUCUGUGACUCUGCGACAGAAAUUCCGUACUGAUGACGUAAAAUCUGUCCAGAAUCUGGUCAGGAGAUCUGAUUGGUUGUCGUAGUAGUUAUAUUGUUUUACCUAUAGUAGUUAUAUUGACUUCUUAGUACCAGUAGAGUGUCCCUAAAAUCAGACCCUUGCUCAUUUUAUGACUUGCUCCCUUGAUAUUAAUAAUAGUAAUAUAAUAAUAGUGAUAAUAAUAAUAUAUAAAUAAAAUUAUAUAUUAUUUACAUGUUUUCUUUGUAUAAUUAUCAAUGAUAAUAAUGAUAAUUUAUUAAAUGUAAUACAUAAUGCAUUUUGAUUAUUAGGAAAUAUUUUGUACUGUUUGUUUAACAGAGGUAUCAGUUGAAGGAAGUGAAGAUAUUUGGUUUAUCAACUUUUAUUCCCCGUUUUGUUCCCACUGUCAUGAUUUAGCACCAACGGUAAGAAAAGCAGAGUGAUACAUUUUCUUGAAUUAACAGGUGUUCCUUACUUAAGGUUUUUGUCAGGUUUUCCCAUUUUAUAAUAGUUAAAAUAAGGUCAAAAAAUAAUUAUGGUAUCUUUCAGAGGCUUUUAUUGCUCCCCUUUAUUUUUGUACUAUAUUAUUUUGUUCUCUGUUAAAUGCCCCCUGCCUUUUUUGACAAACUUGACCUGGUAGACAGUACAUUUGAAUCUGCAGUUUAUAUGGGAUCACUAUUGUUUCGAAACGUUUUUUAUUCCCUUUUCUUGAUAGCAGUGUUAAUUUUACCUUUAAAACUAAAGUUUAUUUUACUAUUAGUAAUUAUCUGUGGGCUUAUUGAUCUUGCUUUAUAUUGAGUAAAAUACGUGACAGUACAGUAGUGCUUUUAACUCCUACCAAUUAAAAUAAAAAUAUAAAAAACAGUGAAGCUAACCCUUUGUUGUUUUUAUUAAUUAAAACUGGUCAGUGGAGAGAAGUUGCUAAGGAGCUUGAAGGAGUGAUUAGAUUUGGUGCUGUUAAUUGCCAAGAAGAAUGGAACUUGUGUCGGCGGCAGGGAAUACAAAGUUAUCCCUCUCUUGUAUUCUAUCCUACGGUAAGUUUAAUAGAUUGCAUAAAAAGUCUGUGUUGUUGCUCAAUGAAUGAUUUAGAACAAUUACAAACUUCAUCUCCAAGUAGUAAAUGAAUGAUAUAGAAAGGAGGAAACUGUACAUUGGGUAAACAAUCUUACUGAAAAUAAACUAUACUAUUAAGUAUUUUACUUUUGUACUCCAAAUACUGUAAAAGGCCACUUAUAACAGCCCUGGGCUAAUAAUAUACAUCUUCAUAAGGGGUUUUAAGAGGCCUUAUAAAUCAAGGGGCUUUAUGUCCAAAAGGCCUUAUAACUUGAAUAAAUAAAGCGCUUUGAAGCAAGCCAUGAUGUUAAAGGCUUUGCCAUUGGUUCAUUUCUGGAGCGUAUUGUUGUUGAAAGAGCAAAUGAUGAGCACUGUUAGAAAAACGUUAAAAAGGCUGGUCUGAUCAGCGCAAAACCGAUCGAUUUCUAGCGAAAUUUGCCUUGAAAAUAACCACAAAAUCGGCGGUUUUUUACCGAUUGCUUUUCGGUGAAGUUUGCCCCGAAAACCCCCGCGUAAUCGGCCAAUUUUUCCGCGAAUUUGUCCCUAAAAAUCCCGCGAAAUUUGACUUUUUCUUCCGAGACCUAUCAGAAGCCCUGCUAAGAAGACAAACCCGUUUGCAUCAGCAGAAGGGUGUACAAAUUUCUGUCCCCGUAAAAAUGAAAAUGUCUCCCAAAAAUUUAGCCAAGGGGACAAAUUGUCCCCCAGUGAUCAAAUCCUAGCUCAAACCCUGAGGGGGGCAUAUGAUCGGAUAUGUUUUUUUGUCUACAGGUAGAUAGGCCUAUAACAGGGGGUAGGGGGAGCUUAUAAGUGGUACCUUAUGGUAUACUGUGUGCCACAGGAACACAAGAGAAAAUUCAGGAUUUUUGAAAGUGCCAGAGUGGCUGAAACAAAGUAAUUUAGGCUAACCAACUUGCAUUAAUUGAUCAAGCAGAAUAAUAUUUUCCUAUGCACACCCCAACAGUUCAAACUGUUAUAAUUUGAAAAUGCCAUAAUAAAAACUGUAACACUGUAAACUCUAGCAAAUAAAAGAAGUGAAAGAUCCAUAAAGGAACAUAUACAAAGGUGUAUCGUGUCUGAGAAAAAAUUCAAUGGGAUACUGCAUUCCCAUUGAUCAGUGGGGAUACAGCAUCCCUAUGAACUUUUUCAUGAGUGCACCAAGAGGCAGAAUUAAAAUACAUAUAUUGAAAACAAGUGAGAUAGAAGGCUCUCAGUAUAUGCCUUUGUUUUAAAAUCUGUUCUAAAUAUCUGGAAAUCAAAGUUAAUACAAAAAAGUUGUCCAGCAUGAUUACAGUUACUUUCUGUCAUAAUUAUAUAUAUUUACAUCUGUUUUUGUGAGUGUCAGCUGUUCUAAAGAGGCCACUCAAUUUACAUGUGUACAGCUGGCAAUAAUUAAAGCAUAUUUUGGCAUUUUUAUACAUUUUUUUAAUUUACUUUCCCUGAGAGGCUUGCUUCUUAAAAUGUCAGCCCUGAUAAAGGUGCAUUUUUUACUUUUCAUUUACUUCUAGCAUGAAUUUCACCGAGGUUCAAGAAGCACUAGAUCACUUGUCAGCUAUAUACUGGAUUCCUUAGAAGUUAAUCUCUAUCGUUUAUCGGAGGGUAAGAACACAUUUCAGUAUUAGUUUACUCCAUCCCCCUACCCACAUCACCUACUUAAUCAGAUAUGAGGGUUAUCAGAAAUAAUGGAGAGAUUAAUAAAGACAAAAAUUCAUUACUAUUUGAGUUAAGCCAUUUUUUAACAAAACUGUGCUUUUAUCCGUUUUCAGUUUGGUUUUCUGUAACACAGAUUGAUAGCCAGAGCUAAAAGCAAAGCUCCCGUCACAGUUAUAAUUUACUUGAACAGUGAACUAUUGCAAAGAAAUCCACAGAUGAGAUGUACACUUUUAUUUGAAGGAGGGGCUCAAUGGACAAGAAACAAUCGCUGCUGAAAUAAUUGAACUUAAAUUGAGCCUGCGAUCAGUAUUAAAAGCUAAUAACUGGUCAGUGGCUCAGAAAACUUUGAAGACAAGUGGACCUCAAUCAACCUCAAUAAGUUGAAACCUGAGCCCAUGAUAUGGUCAUGUGAUACUGGCUUGGUCAGCAGAUAAUCAUUUUUGACAGCUGUCAUUGACCAUAACAUGGAUGUCUAUUAUCAAGUUAAAUGCAGGUUGCAGGCUCUCAAACAAACAAACAAAAUAAUAUCAUUUCAUAUUGGUUAUCCUGUGGUGCAGACAGAUGGGCGGGCCAAUGGGUGUAUGGUCACAUGACUACCAAAAUUUCUUGGAUGCAUGAAUAACCAAAUUUUCUUACCCAUGGUGUUCUGCUGCUCACUCUUCACGCGUGCAAGAGCUCUGCUUUAAAUGCUGCCUGUUUUUAACAUUCCCAAGAAGGCACAAAGAGCAGAGUGGAAGCGCUUUUUUUUUUGCUUAAAAUAACGCAGUAUAUACCACUUAUUAACCGAGAGUGAGUUCAUUACAGAGAAAUCUCAGUGUCUGUGACAAUUAUUACUGUAUAUACAUCAUUGUAUUAUUUAUAAUCUCCAUCAUGUAACCCGAAAAAUGUACAAGGCAAAUGAAACGACAUUAAGUAUAUACAUUUUCGUAAUUAUUACUCCAAAAUCUUAUUGCAGGCAAUUUUGAAAAGCAUAUAAACAAAGGUGAAGAUCCCUGGUUAAUUGAUUUCUGUGAACCUGGUGGAGGUGAGUCCCAUCAUUGUCUUUUCAUGUAAUAGAAAGGUUGUGGCUGGAUUUUUUUAAGCACUUGAGUUUGAAUAUCGGCUUUAGUUGGCAACAAAAUAUUUGUCUUAGUUAGUAGGAAUAUUUAUUACUAACCUUACAUUUUCUGACUUGUGGUCAGAUGCUUACUGCAUCAAAGUCCGUUAGAACAGUGUGAAAGUUAUUACGAGGUCAGGGAGAAGUCAGUGAGGAUGUUUCCGGAGCUAUUCUGACCCCUCCCUCUCCCCCUCCCCCUCCCCCUCCAAAGAAGGCAACUUUGCUGGGGGGUGGGUGAGUGGGCACAAUUUCAUAGCUUGUUUGACCUGACUUGAAUUUGCUGCAUUUACCAAAAUAAUUAAAACUGGUCUUUUGACAUUUUUAUUAUGUUACUGAUUAUUGCUUUUUCAUAUCAGGCUUGAAUUAUCAUCUAGAACUUUAAAAUAUAUGUUGUGGUUAAUUUUUUAUGUCAGUUAAUUUUUACUUUUCCAUCGUUUUUGGGUAUGAUAAUGUAUGCUAACGAAUUUGAAACAAAGGAAAAAUAGAAAUUAACUGUGAUAAAAAAUUAACUGCAACACAUACAUAUCAUAUAGUCCAACUCAGUCAUGUCCAUUAUUUAUCUUACAGAUUGUCUCACUUCAGAUACUAAAAUCAAACUGGCUGCAAUUUUGGUGAGGUUGAUAGUUAUAUUUCCAUCUUUAUCUCGGCAUAGCCAUGAUAUUUGAAUCACUGCCAUGGCAGAGUCCUUGUUGUUCAACUUGAUUGACCUGCCGAAUCAAAUUCAAAAAUUGAUUGAGGUGUCGUGCUUGUGCUAAGCUUUUGUUGAACGUAAUUCAAGAAUAAGUUUGGCAGGCAGGGCAGAAGCACAUUCAAUGACUGUAUGAACUGGCCAUAAGUGGCUUUUCUGCCAACAACCUUUGUAGUUAAAGAGCAAUGACCCAUGAAAUGUUUUGUUGUUGGAGUCCAACUUGUUGUUGUUUAACCCUUUAAGUCCCAAUGGUGACCAACAUCAAUUUUCUCCCAACAAUAUCCAUAGGUUGUCAAAAGAAAAGGUUAUGAGAAUUAGUAAAAUGAUCAUCAAAGCGAAAAUGCUUUGAUCUUUUAUCAAUUUCUCCCAACUAAUUCUGUAAGGAAAUGUAUAGAGAUCAGUUUGGAGAAUUUGUUUGUGGAUAUUGGGGCUUAAAGGGUUAACUUGUAAUCUUUGCUAUUAUCCUACGACAUGCUAAGCUCACAACUUUAUGGCUGAGGAGAAGAAGAGGUAGUUGUAUUAAAAGAGGUUGCUGUUGUAACGACAGAGAUUUUUACCAUUUGACUUUUUUUUAGGAUAACUUAGUCAAUAUUGGUAGUAUUGAUUGCGGUGCAAGUAAAAGAUUAUGCAAAGAAGUUGGUUACAGCGAUGAUCUGGUUUACUUCAAGGAUGAAGUUGGACCCAAAAAAGGAGAGGUGGGACCUGAGCCUUGUUGUAAAAUCUUUUGUUUUACAAAAACAAUGCUUUUCUAACUUGUGUUCAUUAUAUAAAACCCUUUCAGGUUUUGAGCAUUCAGUUUGUUAGUUACAAACUUUCUUUUACUUUUACUGUGGUGCCGUAUGGGGUAAUAUCAAUAAGGGACUAGCAGACAAACUUCAAAAGCUGCAGAAUAGGGCUGCUAGAAUUCUCACCUUUUCUAACUAUGACGUUCGCUCAAGUGUUUUGUUGGAUGAGCUUGGCUGGGAAAGGCUAGAAUAUGUAAGACUUAAACAGUUGGCUGUGACAAUGUAUAAGAUCCAUAAUAAUCUUUCCCCAUCGUAUCUGAGGCGGAUCUUUACCAGCACCUCAAAUGUACAUUCACACAAUCUUAGAAAUUCUGAGUUAAAUUAUUAUGUCCCCAGACCCAGAACUGAGUCUGCAAAAGGGAGCCUACACUACAGAGGAUCUGUUCUGUGGAACAAGAUUCCCUCAGAGAUUAGAAAACUGCCUAGUUUAAAUUUUUUUAAAACUUCAAUUCAUGGGAAAGAUUUUUCUAAUACACCAUGACCCAUUGUAACUCUUAUUAUUCAUAAUGUAAGUUUUUGUAUUUUUAACAUUAUAGUCAAUAGUUCCUUAGAGUAUUUUAGUCUAGUUUUAAACACGAUUCCUAGGAAGACCAUGUAAAAUGAUACGAUUUCGUGUAUAAAUAAAGAUUGAUGAUGAUGAUAUUUUAGCCUGCGUAGCUGGCGUUUUGUUGGUGCGAAUUUUGUUUUUGGUUGGUAUUUAUACGGCCGCGCGUGAGGUCAAAAGAGUAAUCGAUAGGGGGAGAUGGCGAGGGGUAGAGAGAGAGUUUUUCCCACUACCCUCCUCCCCUCCCCUUCCCCAUCAUUUUCUGGUUCAACCUCGGUUCUGGCUUUCGCACAGCUGUAUCUCUUACUUUACGAACCACAAAAGAAGAAGCACCAACACCAAAAAACCACCAAGAUGGUUGUUGGAAAGGUACGGCUGGAUAAAUCUCUACCUAGUGGAUAACGCAAUUGGUUUUCCUCAUAGUUAUCCACUGGAUAGCGAUUUAUCCGGUGGAUAGCGCUAUCCAAUGUUUAAACAACCGGAGCCAGCUCUGCAGGCGAUCUACAAUAUAUCAAAAACUCAGAUAGGCUUGAUGUUGUCGUCAAAUUGAGUGUUGUAAGGUAAAUCGGUAUUUAAAAAGAAAUGUCAAGGAGCAAGUAUUUUCUUUCUCCCUCUUUCGUUUUGCCUUUUCCAACAGAUUAUUGACAGUUUAGAAACCAAAGAGAUUGUGAGUUUUGCACUGAAGAAACUGCCAGAUCCAGUAAAUGUGGAUUUUCAAACAUUUGAGGUAAUUAUUGAAAAAAGCUCAUUUCCGAGGUACAUAAACCCUUUCAAAACGAGGUAAAGUGCAAGCCCUUCCAUGUGGCAAAACAUUGUAAGUUUUAUUUGAUUGAGAAAGAAAAUUAUUUUUAUGACAAACUUACCCUCAUUUAGAAAGAGAGAAUUGGGGUACCGGUAAUUCAGGGAUGGCCAAUUAACACUUAGCCUGCGUCACAGACGAAACUAAACUCUGGUUAAGUCCGUUCGCGAAACAGCCCGGAAAUCCUUGCUCUGGGUCCCCACCUGUGUACCAGGAUUUGAGUACGCGCCAUGAUUGGCCAGUUAAAAAGGCCAUUGUUGAUUUGCCAAUCAGGUUGAAAGGAAAUUCGAAACACACUUCCGGUAAUUUGUUGAGUCCGUCAGGGGCCCAAAACAAGGAUAUUGGCGCUGCUUCGAAAACGUUACUAACCAGGGUUAAAUGACGUCUGCCCCAAUAUCCAAAUAAAAAUUCUCCAGACUGAUCGGUAUACAUUUCUUAAAGAAUUUGUUGAGAGAAUUUGAUGAAAGAUCAAAGCGAUUUCCCUUUGGUGAUCAUUAUAAUAAUUCUCAUUGCCUUUCCUUUUAACUAUGCGUAGAUAUUGUUAGGAGAAAAUUGAUAUUGGUCUCUCUUCCAAGGGACCUAAAGGAUUAAGCCUCAAUAUCCAAAUACACAUUCUCCAGAGUGAUCUUCAUACAUUUCUUAAAGAAUUUGUUCGGAGGAAAUUGAUAUUGGUCACUCUUCCAAGGGACCUAAAGGGUUAAGCCUAAAUAUCCAAAUACACAUUCUCUAGAGUGAUCUUCAUACAAUUCUUAAAGAAUUACGGGACAAUUUGAUAAAAGAUCCAAGCGAUUCCCUUUGGAGAUCAUUUUAUUUAUUCUCAUUUCCUUUUUCGUGAUGAUUCAUGAAAGCCCUAGCAUGAUAAUUCUUUUCUGUAACACUGCAUGUACACGUUUUACGUGGCAUAACUCCCGUAAGCGAGCACCCAAAAUGUGAAGAAGUGGUCGCUUACAAGAGGUGGUCUCUUACGAGAGAGAAACUGCAGAAGGUCCUUUAAGGGGAGAAAUCCGGACACGUCUACUUUUUGCCGAGAUUGUAUUGCAUGUAAUGUUUAGGUUGCAAUGUAUGUAAACCAAUGCAGUUUCUAACGGUUCUUGUCAUACUAUAAGUAGCAUUGUACAUACAGCAAACGUAAAGAUCAGACCAUUGAAUCAGAUGCAAGACGUUAAAAACAGUGGAAAACUCUAAAACCGUCAACCUAAAGUGGUCGCAGGGUUUCUUACGAGGGGCAGUCAUUCAUGAGAGGUUGAAACUAUAUGGCUUUGACUGGGAAAAUUUCGGUGUUUUUGCUAAGUGGUCGCUUAUGGGAGGUGGUCGCACAUGAAGUUUCGACUGUAGUAAUUGGUGUUAUUAAUGAGUGUAUUUUUUGCCUAACAGGACAUGAAGACAAAACUUUCCUCCGCCACAGAAAUGCCAUGGGUCUUACAUUUUGAUAGGGGACCCAUGGACAACUUAGAAAUCAGAAAACUUCCUGCAUUCACUUCAGAUAUUAAUGUAAGUUUUAUGAGUUCCAGUUGCAUCUGUAAACUAUUUAGAAUAUAGCAUCAUACGUGUAAUCAGUGGGGUGCAGUUAGUGGAAGGCCUGGGCAGGUUGAUGCCGUCAAGGCCAUACACGAUAAAACGCGCGACAUGUGCAGAUUUUGUUCCAAAGUAGAACUUCUCUCUACUUUCUGGAAAACCUUUUCGCAGCUUUCAACAACUUGAUCUGUUGCGGGACAGGUUUGUUUUCGUGGGUGCAAAAACGCGCUAUUCAACUCGCUUUGCAGCAAUGUCGCAAAACAAGUUGCACGUUUUUGUUGUGGGGUGAGAUUUUUAAUUGGGUGAAAAUAAUGGUUUGUUUUUUCCUUUGGCCGUUUUUGUAGGUUGGUCAUGUUGAUUGUAGUAAAGAAACAGAGAUAUGCCAGCAGGUUCACGUCAGAAAAUAUCCAAUGGUGGCUCUGUUUAAAACACGUGGUCACUAUGAGUGGCAUCACGGUAUGUAUAGCCCUGUAAUUGGGGCGGAGCGUGGGGUGGGGGCGUAUAAGUGGUAGUUAAAGGUAGAUGCUUUUGAUAAUAAGAUCAAUUUUUCUUUAUUGAACAGGCCGCUUCACUGCCCACGACAUUGCUGUGUUUGCGAAGGAAAGUGCAUCCUCCAGCGUCCGGACUCUAGGGCCUGACGAUUUCCCUGCACAAAUUUCCCAGCCUGAACGUCCGUUCUUCGUGGAUUUUUUUGCUCCAGUAAGAACAUCAUGCUAUGUCCCUUGUCGUACCACCGAGAAACUGCCAUUUAAAUUUAACGCCUUAGAUCAGUUACUUGGGAGUCUGAUGGUAACCGGUCGUUUCGAUACAAAGUCAAGCAGUGAAAUUGCGCAAAAAUCUCGAUCACUUCAUGUAUAGCUCGCUGUGAACAAGAAAACAUUUUGGGUGAAUAUUCUUCGUUCUUUAAGCCAAGUACGAGAAACAAUUUACAAGUCGACUGAAUAAACUUGUAUCGAAACGACCGUUAACCAGUCAGAUAGGCAUCACUUCGUUUUGCCUCGAACUUUAAAGGGAAUUCGUCACUUUAGAAACGAGAAGAAACUCGGCCGAGUUAACUUUCGCAAAGGCUUCUGGGACUGUCACUAGGGACAGGGAAAAAAAAUUGGCCAAUAGCUGACCGGCUGACCCAAAAUGACGUUAAAAGUUCAAAAUGGUGGUGCGCGGGAAAUUGAAACAAGGGAAAGUUGUCAUUUGAUUUUAUUCGACAAAAUCAAAAUUUUAUUUUCACUUGUCAGAAAAUAAUUUUUGCUUUUCCGAGAGGAAGGCCAAUAGCCAUUUGCAUGAUGACGUCAUUUUACUACUAUGGCUAGAAUCCUUCAGGGUUUUGCUUUCUUGUGCAAAUUAGCGGUUUUUGUUUUAUGAAACCUCUCUGGGGUUACCAAAUUAAAAUAUUAAAGGAAAAACGUAAGGCAUUCUGUUCGUAGCAGUAAAAUGACGUCAUCGUGAAAAUGGCCUAUCUGCCACAACGGUAAAGGUUUCCUUCAACAAUUCUCACGGUCGUUGAUUCAAGUAAUUUAAUUUUUACAUCUUUCAGUGGUGUCCGCCUUGUAUGCGUUUAUUACCUGAAUACAGAAAAGCUGCCCGUUCAUUUGAAGACGGCGAAGUUGGCUUUGGUACGGUAGACUGUACAGUGCACCCUAAUUUAUGUCAUAUGGUAAGAUGCACUUUAGUAGAUUAUUCAGUAUAUUCAUAAUUUAUUCAUGUAGCAUUAAUUAUUGCUAACAUCAGGAGCACGGUUUAUUUCAUAUUAGGCUGAUUUAGCAACAGAGCGAGAACGUCAGUUGACAACGGCGCGCGCAAAUCAAACAACUGGCUUGACCGAUGGCAGAGCGGCAAAUUGGGCAUUGGAAGUCGAGUUUAGUCCUUUCCGCGCGCUUUCCCGUCGUCAAAUGACGUUCCCAUUCUGUUGCUAAAUCAGCUUAUUAGGUAUUUUGAGAACGGACCUCUGCAGCCAGGGUAAGAGGAGGGGGAAACAGCCUUGGAUAUCGUAAAUGCAGAGAAAGAAAAAAGGCUUCUCUUUCCUCCUCCUCUAUCCCUUUUACAUUUUCUCUUUUUUCCCUUCCUCUGGAGAGAGACUGGUCGUCAAAACGGACAGCAAAACAAUCGACUUUUCUUCCCAAAAUUUCAUCUCUCUGGACAAAUUAAUCUUAAACAUCUCCAGUCUUUCAAAGAGUAAGAAUUUCAAACAGUCCUAGAAGAAUAAUGUCUAGUAUGUUUUAAAGAUUUGCCAGAAAAAAAGUAAUUCUAGAAAAAAUGUGUAAAACCGAUGACAUAAUCGCCUGCGUGGCAGGCGUUCGAAAGGAAAGGGGAAGGGAGUUUGGGUGCGAGACCGCGCGCGAGGGAGAAGGGAGCGGGGAAGGCGUUCCCUCCCUUCUUCCUCGCGCGCCCCUCGCGCUUCUUUCGCCCCCUCAAUCUGCUUUUUCUUCCCUUUCGGACGCUUGCCACGCGCGCAGGCUAAUCACAUAAAGAAGUCAUUUACAUAAGCGUUCUCAUUACUCCUUCCCGAUGCAUUCGGCGUGCGAUUUUUUCGACGUCGAAUGACACCGCGUUUUAGAUCCAUGAACUUGUUAUUUCUUGUGCGGGAUUAACUGAGUUGUUUUUCAUCUGCUGCUGGAAAGGAAGCAGACAAUUAAUGAGCAAACACUUGCGUCACUCGAAAAUUGUUUAAGGUUUCUGAUAAUUUUUGGCAUUAAAUACAUUUUGUUACUUCCCCUCGUUCGCAGUUGAAACAGGGCACUUGUCAUGCUGCUUCCUUUGCAACAAAACAAAAGAGAUUCAUCAGCUUCUUGACGCUUUAUUUUUCAGUAUAAUAUUCGCUCAUAUCCAACAACAAUCCUCUAUAACAACAGCAUUCCUCAUCAAUUUACUGGUCACCAUACUGCCGCUGAUUUAGUGGAAUUUGUUGAGGUAAGCAAGUCAUCUGGUUCAUUAAACAGGGCUCGCACAGUCUUGAAAAGUCCUUGAAUUUUAGAGGAAGUCCUUGAAAAGUCCUUGAAUUCCAUUUUUCCUUGAAAAGUCCGUAGAUUUCUGUGCAAGUCCUUGAAUACUCCUUGAAUUUUCUUCAACUUUGAAUGUAGUGGCCUGGAAAGAGUUUUUUGAUGCUUUUUGGUUGUCCAAGACAGAAUAUAUAUCAUAGCGCAGAGAAUUUAAAGGUUAUUUAAAUAAAGUGCUAUAAAUUUUAUGCAGUAAUUGACUAUCAAUGUAAGACCAAUAAACUGAAACAUGUAGAGAAGUUGGUGAAGCAAACAGUUCAAGCCUUAAAGCCUUAUUAGAAUAGACUGGGAAUGCAUUUUUGUACAAUCUGUGAAGUCAUAUUCCUAGUAGGUGGUCCUUGAAAAUCUAAUGUGGUCCUUGAAAAGUCCUUGAAAAAUGGUUGCAAUUCUUUUAUGAACCCUGUUGACCCUUUAAGCCCCAAUAUCCUCAUACAAAUUCUCCAAACUGGUCUCUACAUCACCUGAUUUCCUUAGUUAAGAGAAUUUGAUAAAAGAUUGAAGCAUUUGCCCUUAGGUGAUCAUUUUAUUUAUUCUCAUAAACUUUUCUGUUAAUUAUGUAUUGAUGAUGUCAAGAGAAAAUUGAUGUUGGUCACUAUUGGGACUUAAAGGGUUACAGAUUGCAAAACAGUCGGUUUUUUUUUCUCAAAAUCAGUAAAGAAAUAGGUAAAGCGUGGCGUAAUUGUCUUACCCGCGCGAGGCGCGCGAGGCGCGCGAGCCUCACUUUCAGCGUCGUUCCAGACCUUUUGUUUGACUUCUCGCGCAUACUUGAAUAAGCAAAAAUACGGACUGUUUUGCAGUCUAAAAGGGUAAAGGCCUUGGCCAAACGUCGAACUUUUCAUAACACAAACCAGACUUAGUGAGUCAAUCUCAUGAAAAGUUCGACUUCUGGCUCAGUUAAGUUCGUCUGAAUGAGUUUAAAUCGUCUGAUGUCGGAUAAGCAUUUUAAUACAGCAACAUUAAAUCCUCUUUUUUGUUUUAGAAUACACUGAAGCCCGCCGUGGUUCAGUUAACACCAGAAACAUUUCAAUCUCUUGUUGCGGAGAGAAGGCAAGGUGAAACCUGGCUGGUUGAUUUUUAUGCUCCUUGGUGUGGGCCGUGUAAUGAGCUCGCUCCUGAUUGGAAUAAACUUGCCAAGGUAUAGUAAGAACAUUACAGAUUUGUGUACACACAGUCGUUGACGUGUGUGUUUUAAGAAAUCUUAUUGGUUCGUUAUGUUAGGAUAUUGAGCACUACAACUUGAUUGGCUCAACGGAGCAGGGUUAUCAGGUUAUAAUCCGGCUGUUUUCUGACAAUAAAUGAUAAAUGAACUUGUCUCAGAGUAAGGUUGAAACUUAUACAGUAGCAGCAAAAUCUGAAGUAAGAGUGUGGCGCUUGUAAAUAUUUAAGACAGUCGUGUGAAAAAGAACAUUAUCCUAAAGCGCUUUAUGUUGGCGUUUGUAAAAACGUUUCGGAUGCUACCGCCUCUUCGUUCAAGUGGGUGAAGUCCAACAAAGCCUACACAAGCACGCCUAAAGGCUAAUUUCAAAGGGCUUGAAGUGAUUUUCAUUUUCACACUGUAAAAUAUCUAAAGUACCCUGUGUGUACAAACAGUUGUUUGAAUGUCAGAACAUUAUCCGGAGAUUAGAGUUGAAGAAGUGAAACAGUGUGCAUUUCAUUUCUCAGCAAAUGCAAGAAGAGGCUGGUGUUGGAUCAGUAGACUGUCAAAAGUACCGAUCGUUCUGUCAAGAGCAAGGAGUGAAUUCUUAUCCGACCAUACGGUUGUACCCCCACAACAGUCAGGGAGCUCGUCGCUUUGUGUAAGUAUUAAAAAGAGAUAGAGCGAUUUUAGUAUGACCUUGAAAAAUGGUUUCAGUAAGUGUUCGUUGUUUGUUUUAUCAGCCAAUGGAUGAAAACAUCAAAACAUGGACUUUUCGUUUCCCCCCCAAAGAAAACCCUAAUAUGGAGAAGGCAUUGUUCGAUUGGCCAAUCGUGUUGCAGUAUGACGUCAAAGCGAAGGGUCGGUUGAUUUCUAGAAAGUUCUCGGCCAUGAAGUUUUUCAGCUGAGCGUUCGCCUAACCAAACAAAAGCUACGCGCCUUUGUAUCCGUUCGAUAAACCAAUCAAAUCGCUCUAUUUCCUUUCGUUUUCAUUUCAAGGUCAUACUAAAAUCGCUCUAUCAAGACGAAAUUCGCUUUGGGCAUUCUUGACUCUCUUGAGGAGGAUUGUACAUGUAUUGUUAGAGCGGUACGACAAGCUCUCUUACUCGCGCCAUGCUUCUCUGUGCCCUUUUUAUCUGCGCGGAGCCUGGUGCUACUUGUAAAUUAUGUUUAGAAACAGGCAAAAGUUUUCGCCGCUCCGAACUUAAUAUUCUUGUGUCGUUGUCGUUCGUGUUUUUGUUUUUCUGGAAAUAGCAGUUGCUCCUCUCUCCUAUGCAGAGGCUCCCGCUAGGUUUCCCAGUGAAAAUAGCAUUAAGCGCGCGGGGGACUAUGGGAAGACGCUUUCUCUCUUUCCCUUCCCAUCGUUUCCCGCGCGCUUUCUUUUCUCCCUCUCCCCAAUCUCCCUGCGUCAAAAAAAGGCCUCUGCGGAGGAGAGAAGUGGUUGCUCAUAGCGAUUUUUUGUCGGAAAAAAAUGAAAAUUUACGUGUGCAGUCGACUCUCUCUUAACGGACAUCUCUAUUAGAGGGACACCUCGGUAAAACGGACACCUAGAGUUUGUCCCUGUCUUUCUUGACUACCGAUAUUUGGUUCUCUAUACGACGGUCAUCCUGUUCGCUUCCAAAGGUGUCCGUCUUAGCGAGAGAGUUGACUGUAUAUACAAACUUAUCUAACAUAAUUUUAUUGUCCUACUGUCUAUAAAAUCAACCGAUUGUUUUUCGCUUUUGUGGCUCCAUUUUUUUAGAAACUACCGUGGAUGGCGUGACGUGGAUUCUCUAUACAGCUGGGCGUUUCAGCACCUGCCUUCGUUAGUCACGCAGCUCAAUCACUAUUCGUUCCAUGAGGCUGUUGUUGGCAGUGAAGAUGCGUGGAUUAUCGAUUUUUACGCUCCGUGGUGCGGGCAUUGUAUUCAGUUUGCUCCUGAUUUCGAGAAAGUAGCAAAGGUGAGUGCCAAUCGGUAUGUGUAUCAGGGGCGUAGCUUUAGAUUUUGAAGGUGUACGUGCUGGAAGAAAAGUUAGAGCGCCAAAGGCGCUCCAAGGAAGGGGGGUGUCUAUGGGUAUGCUCCCCAAGAAAAGUUUUAAAUUUGUACAUUUUUUCGUUUUUCACCCCACUAUAACGUUUCGUGCUGUCUUGCUGUCAGAACAAGGGAGAGAACCAUCAACAAACUCAACACCCACAUAUGUCGUCGACGCGGAGAUUUGAACCCGGGUCACAUUGGUGGGAGGCGAGUGCUCUCACCACUGCGCCAUCGUUGCCCUCCAAGGGGAAAAUAGCGGUUGCUCCUCUCUCCUCUGCACAGGCUCCCGCUUGGUAUCCCUGUAAAAAUAGCAAUAAGCGCGCGGGGGACUAUGGGAAGACUCUUCCCCUUCCCAUCGUCCCCCGCGCGCUCACAUUUUUCCCUCUCCCCAGCCCCCCUGCGGCACAAAGAGGCCUCUGUGGAGGUGUCAGUUAGCACUUUUUGAAUUUUGAUAAAUUUCGUCAGUGGCACAGCUCCUUUAACCAGUGUGUUAAUAUUGUUGUAGUUAUUAGAUGGACGUAUCAAGGCGGGUAAAGUAGACUGUGAGCAGGAUUACCAUCUGUGUUCUGAGGCCGGUGUACGUGCUUAUCCUACUGUCAAAUUAUACCUUGGUGCGCCAGGAGAAGGAAUGACACAGGUGAGAUUAGCAUAGCAAUUCUCUUUGGAAAUACGGUCAAGCCUGCAUUAAGCGGUCACCCUUGGGGAAUGGCCAACUGACUGCUUAACCCUUUAAGAUCCACAAACAAAUUCUCCAAACUGGUCUCUAUACAUUUCUAUAAAGAGUAAGUUGAGAGAAUUUGAUAACAGAGCAAAGCAUUUUCCCUCAUUCUCUUGAUUGUGUAUUGAUCAUGUUAAGAGAAAAUUGAUGUUGAUCACUCUCGGCACUUAAAGGGUUAAUACAGUUUGACCGUUUUCUGAGCACUUCAAAGCUUAGGUUGAUACUUUCACUGUUGAAAGUUCACUAAAAGAGUUCGAAGUGUUUAAGUUGGUGUUACUGUCGACGCCAUUUUCCAGCGUGAUUUAACCCGGACGCGAAGCAUUUUCAAUGAAAAGCAACUCACUAUUUUUCAAUCAAAUGAACAGAUAGUUUCUUUAACGAAAUUUAUAUAUCGUUGCCCAUGUUUUCACUUACUGGUGAAUGAAAUCCCUGCAAAAACAAACACAAAUUACCGUAUUUAUUCGAUUAAAUGCCGCGGCUUUUAUCAAAUUUUCAACGUUUCCGAUGCAGCGUUUAUAUAAGGGUGGCGUUUAUUCGAGGGCGGCGUUUGUUUCGGAAUCACUUUUCUUAAAUCACUGACAACUGUUACUGUAAAUUGUUUUUUAACUAUUAUGUACUUUAAAGGUUCCAAUGUCUCUCUUAUUUUGCUGAGAUAGAAUCGUAAUUGUCUGGGUGGUGUAGAUUACCAAGUUGUACUGAGGUUUUUCUCUAUUUCACACUCAUGUAUGGGGGCAUCAUUACUCAUUCCGAUUAUGCCGAUUAUUUUUUUUUGCCCAUGCGGAAUUUUUUUCUCCUUUUUCCCCUACUGCGGAGCCUGGUCCCAGGCUUAUUUACUCUUGACAACACUGGUUUUGGAGACCUCCCCGGAAACCAUCUUCCAAUUAAUUCAAGCGUUCAAUUGGUCUAAAAAUAACUUUGGUGAAAUUAACAUACCCCAAGGGCUAGAAUGGGCGUUUCACUCUCUCUCCUAUUAUUCUCUCCUCGUUUAAGUAAAGUACUUUCCCCCUUUUCUUGCAGCCAGUGAACGGACACUUGGAGGUAGAGACGCAGAAUCCGCAGGAAAUCAAGAACAUUGCGCUUCGGUCGUUAGAAGAGUACAGAACAGAAUUAGAAGAAGAGCAACACGAGGAGACGCGAAGAAAAGAGACAAAAGCGAAAGGAAAAGGAAAAAAGGUAACGAGCACACAGUUGUUGAUGCAUGGCGCGUCGCGAACUUAUAGUUCUCUUUUUCUGAUCAUGAUAUAAACGCUCGCUUGUCGCGAACUUACAGUUCUCUUUUUCUCAUGUAAACGCUCCCGUGCGUUGCAAAUUUUACAGUUUUUGUAAACGAAAAUUCCGCCAUUUCCGAGAACCAACCGAUAAGAUGCAAGACAAAAACAGACGGUCGUCUUUCGAAUGAAGAUGGGCCUCAAACGGUUAUAUGCGAAUUUUUCUUGACAAAUAUUUGCUCACCAGCAUACGCGCCUCGAAAUUUGCCAUUUGGCCACAUAGACUUUUGCACGUCUGUUGGCUUAUAUUCUGGAAGUGUACAAAGUACCUUUUGUAUGAAAGUCGUUUGACAAUGAAACACCAUUUAUAGUGUAUGUCGUUUUCCCAGCGAAAGAUGAUUUAUUAUUCGUUCAAAUCCCGUGGCUCAUUCUUCAUAACCAGCAAGCGUUUACCAAAUUUGAAAGAAGUUUGCGAUAUGUGGAAAAUGACGUCAUACACCAGUAUAAAUGCCAGAAAAAUGGACGGCAACCGAGAAGCCCUGGAGACGAGAUUGCGUUGAUUUGGUUGAACGAUACUAAAUGGCUGAACAUUUCACACGUUUCGCCAAGAAGAAAUGGCCGAAGUACUGCCUUAAAACAUAGCAAGAACAGAAAGAAUACAACUCUCUUCGGAGAAUAUCUGCAGAACUAUACAUCCCUGUAUCUCCUGAACUUGCCCAGAAACAGACAAAUGAAGGUGGAAACAUCGACCAAGAUAAUCAGUAAAUACAACAUGAACCAUCAUCAGUAAUUGCUGACUUCAUCAGUAAACACAACAUGAACCAUCAUUUUAAUGCUGAUGAUAGCCAAAUUUAUUUGUCUUUCAAGCCGAGUGCUGCUGGCGAACCGAGUACAUCCAAACUGCGCAUUGAGUUUCAGCCAAUAAGUUGAUGCUCAAUCACGACAAAACUGAGCUCCUUGUUUUGCACGCCCGUCAUCGACCACAACGCCCCGCUAGAAUCUAUUCUUGUUUGCUCAGAUGUGAUCUACUCAUCGAACUCAGCAAAGAACAUCGGUGCGUGGUUCGACACUGUCAUGUCUAUGGAGAAACAAAUAAACAGCAUAUGUCAGUCUGCCUUCUACCACCUGCGCAACAUGGCUCAAAUCAGUAAACAUAUCUCUGUCCGUCAUUGUGAAACUUUGAUCCACGCAUUCGUAACAUCCAAGAUUGACCACUAUAAUAUACUACUCUCAGGUCUUAAGCAGGAUCAAGUCCGAAAACUCCAGUAUGUCCAGAAUUCAGCAGCCCGACUUCUAAUAGGCACACGUAAACACGAGCAUGUUACACCUGUGCUAAGAGAUCUACUUUGGUUACCCGUUCAUGAGCGUAUUCGUUUUAAAAUUUUACUAAUGACUUUUAAAUGCCUUAAUCAACUAGCGCCACCCUACCUAAGUGACCUCUUAAUUCACUAUAGACCAUCAAGGACAUUACGUUCGUCUGAUAAAGAACUAGUGGUACAGCCCCGCUGCCAUCUUAAAACAUAUGGGGAGCGAGCUUUCUCCUUUAUUGCCCCAAAACUAUGGAAUACCCUCCCAUUUAGUAUAAAACGUUGCAACUCAGCAGAAUCUUUUAAAUCCACUCUUAAGACGUAUCACCUUUUUAGAAAUUACUUUGAAUUGUAAGAAUCAUUAAUUAUUAUGUUUUUUCAGGCUUUUUUUUGUUACGUAGUUGUCUUUAUCAUUCACUGUUGUAAAGCGCUGUUGGUUCAGUAGAGAAACAGUGCUACAUAAGAUUAUUAUUAUUUUUUUUUUUUCAAAAGUAGGUUAAGUUUGAUCGUCCGGGUGAAUAGGACUGUUGUUGUUGACAGUGACUCGGACGUUUCGACAACUUGUGCGGUAGUCAUCUUCAGAGUCAAAUUUUGACUCUGAAGAUGACUACCGCACAGGUUGUCGAAACGUCAGUCAGUGUCAACAACAACAGUCCUAUUCAGGACUACGUUCACCCAGACGAUCAAACUCAACCUACUUUUGAAAUGACUCCUGGGUUCAAACCUUUCACAGUAUUAUUAUUAUUAUUAUUGUUAUAAAUAUGUUUUAGCUAAAUUUAAAACAACAGCAACAAUUAUUGUAUUCGGCGUUCUUAUUAUCUGAAGAAUUAUGGAGAAGUCGGAGGUAGCUUGCUUAGCAGGCGCUUGGAAGUAGUGGGCGCAAGAAAGAACGGGCGCCCAAGAGGGAGACACGCGAGUGCUCCCUCUCGCCUCGCGUGUGUCUUCUUCUCGCGCGCCCGUUCUUUCUUGCGCCCACUACUUCCAAGCGCCUGCUACGCAGGCUAACUCGGAGGGUGUUAUCCGCCGAGGGGGAAUGACACCCUCCUUGAUCUCCAUGAUUCUUCAGAUCAUAGUCAGUCUCAUCCAAUAGUGUUACUGUUUUUGAGGACUUGUGUUCUUUUAGUACGUAACACUUUUUUUUCUUUUUUUAAAAUUUUUUAUUAGAAGAGCAAACCAGUUCACGAUGAAUUUUAGAACACUACAAAACCACCUCCCCUCACGCAGCGAGUCUCACUCGGAAGCGUUCAGUGAGGGCCAACAUGGAUCUUACAUUGGCCGAAGGAAAACUAUAUUGGCCAGCGAUUUGCCAACCGAACAAUUACGUGGAGUGGGGCGUCUAGCGCAGAUUAUUGCCAAACAGGCUUCAGUCUUACUCUUAAUAUACACGCAAUACACGGUAUUUUGUAGAAAAUUUAAAUAAAUUUUAGCUCCCUUUUUAUCUGAGUACGCUUUUUUGAAGUGCAACCUGCAAACUAGUCAGUAAAAUCUUUUUCCUCUAUUUUGCGGAAAAUGUACCCAGGCGUUUGUAUAGAAUUAACUCCAUUAACCCAGGGUGCGCCAUUAUCAUAGAAUUAAGUCUAUUUACCCAGGGUUUGCCAAUAUAGAAUUAACGCUAUUAAAUUUAGCCGAUCUCAUUAUAGUUAUAUUUUUCACAACCGCGACUAUUAAGUUGCGUGACGUAGUAUAGUACAAGUUUGUUUUUUGUAUGUUGACGAGUAAUUUCUGAUCUUUCGCUGAACGGGGCAUCGAAAGUGUCGAUAUCAUUGGGGUGUCCGUAUUAACCGAGACACGUUAUUUAAGGCGAAAAUAGACUUAUUGUUGUACAGAAUACCAAAGAAAUAUUAAACAG